GGGAAGAAACUGCAUAAACAGGGGAAACGGAAAAGUAACAUCGUAUUUAGGGAAAACAAAACCGCGGCGAAAUUUUCGUAGCAUAACAAAAGGUUGGUGAAUAAAUUGAAUCACAAAGCAGUUCAGUGAAAAGUUGUGAAAGAAAGCGUUAUUCAGCUACAUCGCAGAUACUAAAUAUAAAUUCGAAACAUGAAGAAGUUAGUAAGCUUCACGAAGAAAAUGCGAAAAACUACCGAUUUAAACAAAAAACUACGAUCUAGUAGGAAAAAUCUCAACAAAAAUUCCGAAUCCAUUCGGUACCAACAGGAUAUUUAGGGUUUUUCACAACCCUCUAUAUCAGAAAUGGUGCUUCACAGCGAAUGGGCUCAAGUAGAAGUGAUUGACUUAAUAAACGAUGGAUCAGGUCUAGCCUUCGGUAUCAUUGGUGGCCGAAGUACGGGAGUUAUAGUGAAAACCAUUUUACCUGGAGGGGUAGCAGAUAGAGAUGGUAGACUCAAAAGUGGCGACCACAUACUCCAAAUCGGUGAGGUCAAUUUAAGAGGACUUGGUAGCGAACAAGUGGCUUCAGUGUUGAGACAGUGUGGAGUUCAUGUCAGAAUGGUGGUGGCAAGACCUGCAGACGCCACACUUCUGAUGGCAGCAACCACAAAUGGGGGAGAUCUAGGAGAUCAGACAGCUCUUCAAAGUAAUUCCAGUACCUUCGCAGUAGUGCCCACAAGAGUUUUAGGAGAUCCUGUUGAGUUGGAUAGGUAUUUAGCGGCUAUAGGAUGUACAGAAGUCUUUUCUAGUGGAAUACCUCCUUACAUAUAUGCAGAUCAUCAUGAAGGAGUCAGAAUACAAGUAGAUAACUUGGGAAAAGACGAUCAAUACGUUCCAGUACCUUUUACAACAGGUGCUGUAAUUCACGAUACAGCUGUAAAUAUUUUUCAAGACACUAAUUUGCCGGAGAGUGAAAAGUACGUUGUGGAGCUUACUAAAGACAAUUUGGGACUGGGAAUUACUGUCGCAGGUUAUGUAUGUGAGAAAGAAGAAAUUUCUGGAAUUUUUGUGAAAAGCGUAAGCAAAGGAAGUGCAGCAGAUCUUACCAAAAAUAUUCAGAAUAAUGAUCGAAUAAUUGAAGUAAAUGGUGUCUCCGUGCUGGGCAUGACGAACCACGCAGCUGUCAAACUGCUCCGUCAAUCAGGGCCCAGUGUCAAAUUGACGUUGGAAAGGUAUUUACGAGGUCCGAAGUACGAAAGGCUCCAACAAGCGAUAAGAGCGAAUGAGAUGAGGCCUCCGAGCCCGCCCUCUCCCACUCUCACUUCACUACCCAAAGUGCCCUUAAGUCAAGUGCAAAUGGGAUUCCUGAGCAUUGAACCCGACGAUCUUUCCCGAACCAGUUUCGAAUUUGACUCCGCCCUACUUUUGGAGGACGAUUUAACUCCCGUCAAUGAAGAGAAAGAAAUUGUCAUUGGAAAUGAAAAGAGAUCCGUCCAAUUUUUUAUACAAGACCAAGAUUUUAUCUACGAUAAGUGGAAGGACAGGGUAAAGGUAGAUGAUGAAAUUGUGAUUGCCAGGAUGCAUAAGGGAGAAAACAGCGGCUUGGGAAUUAGUCUAGAGGGUACAGUAGAUGUUGAAAAUGGUAAGGAGCUACGACCUCAUCACUACAUCAGAAACAUUCUGCCUGAUGGACCUGUGGGAAAGGACGGAACUCUACAAUCGGGGGAUGAGUUGCUAGAGGUGAAUGGUGUACAAUUGAUGGGACUCAACCACUUAGAUGUUGUCUCGAUUUUGAAACAACUUCCGAACACUGUUUGCCUUGUGUGUGCCCGACAUGCUACACCCAUCCAAAUCAUCGAUACUUCGCAACAUAAAGAAGCAUUCCAAGCAAGAAAAAUUUUAGCAGGAAGCCUACACACACUAUUAGCUUCAAGCGACUCUAGACAUCAUCUUGAGAAAGCCAAGUCACAAAGUUCUCUAAUGUCCUCCAAUGGAGACGAAAAUACAUCACACGAACUAGAAAAUAGAUCCAGGUCUUUGGACCUGAUCGGUGAAGCACCUUUGUGGAGCGAAGAAUCAACUGUUGUGAAGCUCGAAAAGACGGAUAAAGGACUUGGUUUCUCCAUUUUGGAUUAUCAGGAUCCUAUAAAUCCCUCAGAAAUUGUGAUAGUAAUACGCUCAAUAAUCCCGGGAGGCACGGCAGAUCUGGAAGGUACCAUUUUACCAGGCGAUAGACUCCUCAAGGUGAAUCAAAUUGACGUGAGCAGAGCUACCUUGGAUCAUGCGGUGAAUGUCUUGAAAGGAGCUUCAAACGGAACUGUGAUCAUUGAAGUAGCCAAGCCAAUUAUGUUGGCUGGGAACGGUACUAUAUCGCAUGGGAGUGAGGAUACAGAAGAUGACCAAUUAACCUGUCUAGACGAUUUCCAAGAAUGUAUCGAAGAUUUUCAAGAAUGUUUGGAUACUGUCCAUAUUUGUAUCGACGGAGACGAUGACUUGCCCUUCAAUCACUCACCAUGCACCUCCACUUUCGAGGAAUAUGGGAGAAAAUCGCCGAAAAAGAAACAAAAUUUUAUCCAGGAUGUUGAUUUUUUAGAGUUGGGCAAGGAGGAUCAGAAUUUUGAUAGUAUCGAAACGGAAUUGACGAAUUUCAACAAACUGCAUGUAGAAAAUAACAUCGCGAAUGACAGCGAUCUUGAUUUGAGCUACAAAAGUAUAAACGAAACCAUAAUCAAAGUUGAAAAUAAGAAAAACCUGAAUAAAAAUGGAUCUUGCAGGGCUGAUAGCCUGACACAUUCAGACAAGGAUGGAUAUGAUACAUGUAUAGAAGAAUCGUUAUCGGAAGAUGUAACAACAAAAGUCAAAAGCGGUACAAUCCAAUCAAACUUUGAUGAGUUUAAGACCGAGCCUCAUCAUACAGACAAAAUCGAGCGUAACAACGAUCAUGCCAAAUCAACGAGUCAAUUAUUGAAUCUAAAAAAAGAAGAAGAAAAGGAAAAAGUUUUGCAUUUGCUAGGAAACAAACAGGCGGAACCUAAUGGAAAAGCUGUUGCUUUUGUAGAAGACAUAUCAGUUAUAGAAGAUCCGAUACAUGUUACUGAUGAAGUUGGAGAGAUAAAAAUGGCACAGCUUUGCAUAAAUCCGAAAGCUACCAAUUUAACAGCAGUGUCGGAGCCUUGUCUGAACAUCGAAACAUCGAACGCUAGGCAUAUCUGUCUUGACACUAAGCCAAUGGAUAAUCAACUCAAGUCGUACGACAACAGUCUGGACGUAUUGGAGGAAGAUGAAUUCUUCUUGGUACAGUAUCCUACGGUAGGAUCCAAUGACGUCACGAAGAGCUAUAGUGAACCAAAUGUGCUGGCUGAGGAUAGUCAAAAUACGCAGAAAUUCGAACGAAGUACAAAAUUCAAACGACGCAGCUACAGAAAAUGCUUAAACGAAUACUACAACGAUUACCAGGAUUGCCUAGAGGCUCUUGGAAAUCUAAAAUCAUCGAGAAAGUCAUCCAUAGCCAACGCAGAACAGGUACUAAACCUUGCCGAUGAUACAACAACAAACAUCGCAGAGCUGCAUAAAGAAGAGUUAAGCGACGAUGACAUUUUCAACAAUAUCGUCUUGCCAAUCAAAAAUAGGUCAGCGCCUGACAUAUUGGAUACGAGUUUCGUUACUAUGACUUACGAUCCUGGGCCUUAUUUGGAAGCAACUAGAAGAAAAUCCGCUUUUGUUUUUGGAGAACAGGGAUAUAACGAAAUUAGUGAUAUGACCGUCAUACGCCCAGUGGAUAGUGAGAGCCAAGCGGGCUAUCAGUUCGACAACAUGCUUCACAAACACUGGGGAAGCAGUCACAGCGUGAAGGUAUACAGGGAACAUGGAAAAAGCUUAGGCAUUAGCAUUGUAGGAGGGAAGGUCGACUUCACUUCAACUGAAAAGGCAUCAGAUGCAUUCUUGGGUAUCUUUAUAAAGAAUGUAGUACCUGAUAGCCCUGCAGGAAAAACUGGACAAUUUAAAACUGGAGAUCGUAUAUUGGAGGUCAGUGGGAUUGAUCUGAGACAUGCGACCCACGAGACAGCAGUGCAGGCCAUCAGAAAAGCCGAUAAUCCUGUUACGUUUGUCAUACAAUCUUUAAUACCGUGGAAAAAUGACGAUUCUGAAUCCAACGCAAUCCCAGCAAGAAGACAAAGUACGAAGUCGAGAGCCGCUCCGCCGCCCCCAGCAAAAAGUCCUUCCAUCAAGAGAGCUUCUUUAAAGUCUCCAGCACCGCCCCCACCUGAGUCACCCACGCCCAAUGAGAAUAUACCGAGUCUUAUAUUCUCCAAGGAUAGUGACGCCAAUAAAAAUACACAGAGUAUACAAAACCAUAUUCCUCAAGAGAAGCCUGCUAACCAAACUCCUGGACAAUCACCCUCACCGUUCGAAACAGCGCCCAGCAUCUCGGAAACUCUAUCCGAUGACGAAACUCAGAAGAAGAAAAAUGAAACGGCUGCUGGAUCUGCAAGUGAGUCAGACUCAGAAUCCGAAGAUGACGAUGUUAGAGAGUUGGAAGGACGGACGAUGUCUGCUAAAGGCCAACAGAUUGACAGGGCCAGCGCUGCAAACGUUAAAAGGUCAAAAGAAGAAGCCAAAGCAGAUCCCGAAGAAGAAGACGACUUUGGAUAUACUAUGAGUGAGUUUUCUUUUGAUUGAUAUUAUUUUUAAUAUUAAUCCCUACUAGUAACAUAGUCCUGAAAGUUUUGAUACAAA